AUGAAAGGUCUUCUGCUGCUCACCCUGUCUACUCUGCUCUGCUGGGUCUCAGCUGACAUUCGCUGUCACUCCUGCUACAAGGUCCCUGUGCUGGGCUGUGUGGACCGGCAGUCCUGCCGCCUAGAACCAGGACAACAGUGCCUGACAACAAAUGUGUACCUCGGUAAGAUGUGGGUUUUCUCCAACCUUCGAUGUGGCACACCCGAAGAGCCUUGUCGGGAGACCUUCAACCAAACCAACCACAAGCUGGGUCUGACCUAUAACACUACCUGCUGCAGCAAGGACAACUGUAACAGCCCAGCCCCUCGGCCCACCCCGGCCCUGGCCCUUGUCCUCCUGACCUCUUUGGCUGGCCUUGGCCUCUGGCUGCUGCACUGA